AUGUCAUCAACACUCAAGCGCAAGCCCUCUCCCUCUGAAGACGAAUCGCUGGCCGAAUCAUCCAAGCGCCGCUUCACCGAAACCACCAUUGAUGAACCCACACCAUCACAAGACAACGAUACAACCGCCUCGUCAGCAGCACCCACACCCACAUCAGCAACAGACUCGACAACAAGUACAUCCCAAGCCGACCGCUUAGCUCGCUUCGCUGCCCUCCGCAACAGAAACAAGACCUCACGCGACGACAACCGCAAAGCCACAACUCUAGAAGUCUCUCGCGCAUCCGCCGAUCCGGCUGCCCUAGCCUCCCUCUCCCGCCGCAAAGAACGCGCAUCUGAAAAACUGUUACAAGCGCAAACCCUCGAAGACGGCGAAGACUGGGAUCGCAAACGCGCCUGGGACUGGACGGCUGAAGAAUCCGCUGCCUGGGACAAGAAACUCGCAAAGAAAAAGUCAAACCGCGAUAAUGUCGCUUUCCAAGAUUACAGUCAAGAUGCGAAUAAAAUUUACAAACGUCAAGUCAAGGAGAUGAAUCCAGAUGUUUCAAACUACGAAGCUGAGAAAAUGGCUGCGGUGGAAAGGGCUGCGCAAUCAGGAGGUUUGGAGAUUGUAGAGACGGAAGAUGGAGAGUUGAUUGCUGUGGACAAGGAUGGCAGUUUCUACAGCACAAAGGACUCGACUGAUUUUGUGGGGAACAAGCCUAGUAAAGAGAAGAUUGAUAAGUUGGUUGGUCAGAUACAGAAGGCUGAGGAGAUCCGAUUGAAGAAGAGGAGGGAGAGGAAUGGCAAGGAGGAGGAUGGCGAUGUCACGUACAUCAACGACAAGAACAAGCAGUUCAAUCAAAAACUGGCGAGGUUCUACAACAAAUAUACAUCCGAGAUCAGGGACAGCUUUGAAAGAGGUACUGCUAUUUGA